GGUUUUGGGAGGGGAGGGGGCUGGGAGCAGAUACACAGAGGUGCAGCUCCGCUCUUGUCUUUGUAGUGUCACACUGGGGGGCGAGGAAGGAGUUUUUUUUGUUUUUUCCCUGUCCCUCAGUUCAGUCAGUGUGCGCCUCAGGAGAAGCAGGGAGCCGCUCUCCUUCCUCACAAGUUUUCCACAGCUCGGUGAUAGCAGUAUUUGCGUCUUCCUUCCACCUGCUCCUUCUCCUGGGACGGAUUCCCCUCGGAGGAUACGCCAGGGCUGGGGCUACCCCAGAAACUUCUUCUCCAUAAGUUCUGCUGAUCCUUUCAGGACCUGCAUGGAUUGUGGCGGAUCGUUGGUAGGAAGACACCCUGGACGCAUCUAGAGGUUGUGAAAAACGUCAUGAUGGUGGAAUCUGCAUCUGAAUCGAUUCGAUCAACUCCAACCAGUCAAAAUGGAGUUGGCAGUGUUCCCAACCAGUCAGAUGCAGGCGGAACAAGGGAAGGCAGCGCCGGCGGGGAGACUAAUGAAGAGUUAAGCACAGCAGAGCUCUUGCAUUUCCAGCAGCAACAGGCUCUACAGAUGGCCAGGCAGCUUUUGCUCCAGCAGGCAACAGGGCUGAGCACUCCUACCAGUACUGAGAACAAGCAGCCGUCAGUCCAGGUCCCGGUUUCAGUCGCUAUGAUGUCCCCACAGAUGAUCACACAGCAACAGAUGCAGCAGAUUUUGUCUCCAGCCCAGCUCCAGGCUGUCAUGCAACAGCAGCAAGCUCUUAUGUUGCAGCAGCUUCAGGAAUAUUACAAGAAGCAACAAGAGCAGCUACACCUCCAGUUACUUUCCCAGCAACAGGCAGGGAAACAGCAGCAUAAAGAGGCAGCACUGGGGAAUAAACAGCUUGCAUUCCAACAACAGCUAUUACAGAUGCAGCAGAUACAACAGCAGCACUUGUUAAAUCUACAGAGACAAAGCCUGGUAGGACUGCAGCCAGGCCAGGGACAAGUGACAUUGUCGGGCCUGCCACAAGCUGUGUCCCCAUCAGAUCUUCAGCAGCUCUUGAAGGAGAUGAGCAACAACCAAGAGGAUUCCAGCAAACAAGAUAAUGCUGAACUGCACAGCACAAUCUCUACCUCAUUCUCAAGCAGCAAGAUGUCUCCUCCCACAGUUCACCCUUCUUUACCUAAUGGUCAAAGUGCCCUACAAAACCUGCGGCGGGACAGUUCGUCACAUUAUGAGGUGCCCCCCAGUUCACACUUGCUUUAUGGACAUGGUGAAUGUCGGUGGCCAGGCUGUGAGGCUUUGUGCGAGGAUAUGGGACAGUUUAUCAAGCAUCUAAACACAGAACAUGCGCUGGAUGAUCGCAGCACAGCUCAGUGCCGGGUACAGAUGCAGGUGGUCCAACAGCUGGAAAUACAGCUGGCAAAAGAGAGUGAACGGUUACAAGCAAUGAUGACACAUCUGCACAUGAGACCCUCAGAACCAAAGCCCUUCAGUCAACCACUUAACUUGGUCUCUAGUGCAACCCACACAAAGAUGUCUUCAGACAACUACCCAGAUGGCUUACCUCAACCUCCAACCUCUGCAACAGCCCCCAUCACUCCAAUGAGAGCCGGUACUUCUGUGAUCAGCUCCUCAAGUCUACCUAGCAUGGGUCCUGUACGGAGAAGGAUAGUGGAUAAGUUCUGCACUCCAAUAUCCUCAGUUCUGCAGGCACAGAAACAGCUGUUCAGUGUGAGGACCCCAGCAUACAUCUCCACUUUCCACAGCAUCCUGGACCCUGAGCUUGCUCAGAAUCAUGAGUUUUAUAAAAAUGCUGAGGUUCGCCCACCCUUCACAUAUGCCUCACUUAUCCGACAGGCUAUUCUGGAUACACCAGACAGACAGCUGACUUUGAAUGAGAUUUACAAUUGGUUCACUCGCAUGUUUGCAUACUUCAGAAGGAACACAGCCACAUGGAAGAAUGCAGUUCGACACAACCUUAGUUUGCAUAAGUGCUUUGUGCGCGUGGAAAAUGUGAAGGGUGCUGUGUGGACCGUAGAUGAGCUGGAAUACCAAAAGAGGAGACCGCCAAAGAUGACAGGGAGCCCAACCCUUGUUAAGAAUAUGAUUUCAGGCCUUGGCUAUGGAGCAUUAAAUGCAAGCUACCAGGCUGCACUUGCAGAAAGUAGUUUCCCUCUGCUAAACAGCCCACCACUCCACAACAGUUCUGUCAGUGGAAUCCAUGGUGGACACGAUGAUGUCACCAGCACUGGGGAACCUGGAAACAGUAAUGGGAGCAGCCCUCGCCUUUCUCCACAAUACAGUCAGUCUGUUCAUGUCAAAGAAGAGCCGGCUGAAGAGGACGUCCGACCUGCCUCUCUCUCAGUUACUAACCCAAACACAGUGCUACCAGAAGACCAUGACUUGGAACCAGAGACAGCUAUGGAAGACUUGUCCUAAUAGCUUUAGUGCCCAAUUGUUACCUCCCUUGCCCCAAAGUCCAGCACUUCCAUCAGAAACCAAGUUGACCCUUUUACCCCAACCUUUGUUCAAUUAAAAAUGAAUGAGACUUGAACAUGACUAUUUACAACCCCUUGGGUCUUCCUUAAUCUGGCAGCACUUCAGUGACUUAUGGACAGAAGAGGGAUGUCCCACAAUCACCAAGGAAAUAUGGAAUUAUGGAAUGGGCACUGAUGCGAUAUGGCCAGAUAUUAGCCGCAAAGGGGCACUCCUGUGUUCUUAUCCCUUCUGCACAUUAUGGAAAGCAUGGACUCCUUUUAUAGAUGGCUCAGAGGAGCAUGCCUGGACUUCUUUCUCCGUCCCACUAAGCAUGCAGGACUGGGUGUCCCAUAAAUUAUCUUUUCUAGCUCUUUUGCCUGGUCACUUCUGAAGGUACCAAAAACCCAGACUUUAUUUAUUUUCUUUGCUUGUUUUGGAUCAACGUUACUGCUGGCAUUCCUCACUCAUACAUGUGAGCAUAUGGUACGUACACUAACAGAUGAGUCCAGACACAUCCAAAAUACCAACAUAAUACAUAGAGAAUUUGCGCUUCCGUGGUAGACAAAUGCACACGUGGAAGACCCAAGAGCAGUGUUGUUGUGCCUUGGAGGGAAUUUGUGCAUCAUAAAAAUAGGACAAAUGCUGCUUUGUAUGUCUACAAAACAAAAAAAAAAGACCCUCGAACACAUGGACUUAUCUCUUCAAAAACUUUCCAAAUAUUUUUUAUACUAGUUAGAUAUUGCUCUAGGAUGGUGCAAACUACAUUCACUGAAGUUCUACUGAAAAUCAGCUAAGAAUGCCAUUUUACAAUAGACAAUAUGGUCUCCAUUCAUAAGCUGCACAAACAGCACUUAAAGCCAUCAGUCAUAAGAGUGCUGUAUGUUGCUAGAUACUUUUGUAUAAAGAUGAUUUCCUUGGUGGCAUGUGGCACAAGAUAUCUAGUCUCCAGUUUUCAGUGUCUAAGGCCAUAUGCCCAUGGUGCGUAUGUUGUGCAAAUCUUCUGUUUUGGAAAAUCUGCAGCAUAAUACAGUACCAACAAAGUGGAUGAGAUUUUCUGUCUCAUCUACACGGUCUGCAAAUUUUCCGCAUGUAAGUCGAUUUUGAAAUCCUUAGCAUGUCAAUUGCCUGCGCAGAUUUUAGGCACACACCCAAAGCCAUGACAAUAUCCUCAUGCAACGCAUGUAGAUGUUGGUGUGAAUUUGUCUGAAAAUCUGCAUAAACUACACUGCCAUGUAUAUUUACCCUAAUAACUUAUUCACAUGACUGUAUUUUUCUUCAGUGUGUUAUCCGGCUUUAAAGGGAAUGUGUCAUCCAAAGACAUUUCUGCCAUUUCAAAUGAGAUAGCAAAACAUAUCCUUUUUUGUUAAUCUAUUUUUGUUUUCUGUUUGAAGAUUUUUUUAAUUCUAUUUCCUGAACAUAAUUAUGGGGGCAGCCAUCUUGUCUGAGCAUUUAAAGAAUUGCUUUACGGCAGCAACUUGGACCAUAGACACAAUGGAAAGGAGGGGACCUCAUUCACAUCUAUGAGUGUGUUCUAUGCAUACUCUGUGACCUGCGCAGAGGACAUUUUACAGACAAACAGUAGAUAAUCUUUGGCGAUCACCUAUUGAGAAUGGAGGAUCCUGUGUUAUCUAUAAACAGAGGUGAUAUAUGCCAUUCUAAACCGGCCUGUAAUUAUAAGCAGAUAACUGCAGUAAAGUGAUCUCUACAGACGAACAAGUGGUGCCUAUUAUUAUAUUUUUUUAUAUAGAUAUUGACAUGGAAAAUUUAAAAUAACAUAAUCAAAAAUCAAGUUCUUCACAAAUGUAAAAAAAAGUAAAACUGAUUUAAAGAAUAGGUCAUUUUCUGAUGACACAUUUCCCUUAAGUAGAGUAGCACACUGACCAAUACACUUCACAGUGGCUCUUUACACAUCCUUUAUUAGGGCUUUGUGUGCUGAUCCAAGGAUCUCUCCACAGGUUCUGUUCUGGUCAGUUUCUAUGGAUCAGAAUAGCCAUCUCUAUUGAUGGGGGUGAUAAAAAAAUGUUAUCUAUUUUUUUUAAACAUCCUUUUUUUUGUUUUUAGGCACACACUGUUGUGUGGAUAAGCUCAAACACAGUACACACAUUCUUCUUUGGUGAAUAUAAUUCUAAUGUUAGGACACUUUUAGGAGCAUCAGAUUUCCAAAAACAUGGCUACAUGCUAAGAAGGUCACUUUAUGUGGGACCAAUUAUGCUAUGUAUGGUGGCCACAACCCAACUCUACCAUAUAUAUUAGUUUUUCUGUUAACACAUGCAGUUCACUGCGCUUACACAUAAGUGUCAUUUUACAUCACAUAUGUACAUGGUCUGUUGAAAUUUUGGAAGAACUACUUCCUUGUUUUAUGUGUGUGACAGAAUUUCCCACAGCUCCUGUACAAGUUUAGGUCUUGUAGGACCCCUCCUCUUGUGUGCUGCAUCCUCCAAUGACUCCCUGACCAAAGAUACCUCUUCAUGCCAAAUACACCAAAACCACCUCUUACUUUGGCUUUAUGGUCCUGGUACAAGUAUGGAGGUUACCCCAAGCCAAAGGUACUCGUGUAUCAGCAACAGUUAACGAACCCCAUCCCCCAAUCAUCCAACCCCAUACUAGAGCCCAAUAUCACUUUGCGCUUUAUGUCAUUGACCUACAUAUAUACAUUGUGAGGCUUGGUUUUGCAUCAGUUGCUGCCAUCCUGUACAUUUGUUGAUUGUGGUAACACUUGUUGAUUUUGUAUGUUUGUAGACAAGACUAGAAAAAGUAUUAAUUUUACUCAUGUAGAAGUCAUACCAUAAUUUGAAUGUGUGUUACACACUGAUAAUAUUGUGGCCAGAUACACUAGGUGUGCAAGUUGGUGAUGAAUGUGUGUGUAUGUUUUUUUACAUUUAAAAGGUAUACUUGUACAUGCUCUAUGUUUAAAUUGUAAUUGGCAUUGGGUGUGUACAGCCAUGUGUGAGGGGAUGUACACACUACAGCCCACACCCUGUGUCCUUUCCCAUGGAAGUACCCAUAUGUUGUGUCACUAUGCUGCUGGUUGGUAGGAGGAAGAAGAGAAAAGGCAGGAAUUGUUACCUCAUCAGUGCAGGGGUCUCUGUAUAAAAGAUCCAACACUGUGCCGGCAUCACGUGUGCGCCUGGUACAGAAUCCUCGUGUACAAUAGGUUCUAGGUGCAUGAAACAAAUAUGUAUGGACAUUGGCAUAUAAAAUGCAAUAAAUAUAAUUCAGUCA